AUGAAUCAAUCGAUCCUUUCAUACAUUGGCGGCUGGUAUAUCUGUUCCAUAUCGUUGUCUCUUUAUAACAAAUGGAUGUUCGACCCAAAACUUGGACUGAGCGUACCGUACCCUAUUUUGGUCACCUCACUACAUCAAUGCCUGUUGUGGGCUAUUGCAUGGACCUACUUGAGGAUGAAAAAGUCCAACAGACCAGUAGAUCAGAGCAUCAACCACCAAACAUGGAAAUUCUAUUUGAAGUUCAUUAUCCCCACUGCACUCGCAUCAGCUGGUGAUAUCGGCCUUGGGAAUGUCUCGUUCAAAUUUAUUGCUCUUGCAAUCUAUACUAUCGUGAAGUCAUCUAGCAUCGCCUUCGUAUUGCUGUUUGGAUGUAUAUUCAAGACCGAAAAAUUCCACUGGCGCCUAAUGGUGAUUGUAUUGGUGAUGUUCCUCGGCGUGUUGAUGAUGAUCUACAAACCAGACAUGGCAGCGCAAAAACCCGACGGCAACCAUGAAGUGCUAGGGGUACUUUUAGUUCUCGGAAGUAGUGCUUUGUCCGGUCUGCGCUGGGUUUACACACAAUUGAUUUUGCAGAGGGGAGAAACAAAUUCGCCGCGCGAACCGGACAAAAAGACUCCGAUAGAUACGAUCUAUCAAUUAGCUCCUGUGAUGGGUUUCACACUAUUAAUCACGUCGCUCAUUGUUGAGAGACCUUUUCCAGGCAUUUUCCAUUCACAUUUGUUUCAGAUAAAUGACAGCGUAUCCAUCGGAUCAGUUUUAAGAGGAGUCGUUCUGAUCGGAGUUCCGGGCGUUUUAGUCUUCCUGAUGACCAUUUGCGAAUUUGGAAUACUACAACGCGCACAUGUACUGACAUUGUCGGUUGCAGGUGUGGUAAAGGAGCUACUAACAAUUGCGGCCAGCAUGCUUAUUUUACGGGAGAAACUUACAGGCUUGAAUAAUUGGCUCGGGAUGUUCAUCAUUUUACUGGAUGUAAGCUAUUAUAACGUUUAUCGCUACAACGAAAGAAGAGAGACUGCAAUGCCACUUAACGAUCAAGAAUCAGACGAGUUCAUCCAAGAAUUUGAACUUGAAACUAAUAAACAAAGGGCAUCUACCACGAGCACAUAA